UUCUGUUCAUAUCCCCAACUUCUUCAAGUUUCAUUAUGCAUGCUGUGUCACUCCAUUGAGUCGGCCGUCUGUCCAGCAGCAAGUCCAGAUUCGUACCGUUGGGCCAAUUGUCCCAGCUUCAACUGAACAAUGGUGUUGGCGUUGCAAGUCUUCACCCUCCUCGCCACUUGAAGUGAAUCGAGCUCUCACUCCAGUGCGUACUGUACAGAUGCCAAGAUACCACCUUCAAUUUGUCGCAAACUCCCUUCCCGUUUCCUCUUCACCAUCUUCGAACUUCCUCGUGAAGUCCACGCCUAGCAGCAAUGGAUCUUCUUCGACGAUUUGUUGAUGAGCCCCCGGACUUCCAGUCGUUCAGAGACGUCAAGCCCACUCUUCUCACUUGCUGGUGGUCGACAUUGUAUGCCAUUGCCAUUAUUUUUAUUCGUGUCAUCGGGCGAUAUGUCCGCGCUGAGAAGUUGUUCGCGGAAGAUGGGAUCAUGUUGUUGGCUAUCAUCCCCCUCCUGAUUCGCAUGGCUUUCACACACGUCGUACUCCUCUACGGGACCAACAAUACUGUGGCCGACACGCUGUCGCCACUGGCUAUCCACAACAGACAGAUCGGAAGCCAAAUGGUUCUGGCUUCAAGAGUCAUGUACGCAGCAUAUCUCUGGGCAAUCAAAUUCAGUGUAUCGAUGUUCCUCCGGACCCUCACAGAAUCCGUCUGGCAACGCUCCCACCAACACUAUCUUCGCUACCUACACAUCUUCCUCGCCGUAACUUUCGUAACAACCAUCGUUGCUGAUUUAGGAGCUUGCCAACCCUUCUCCCACUACUGGCAAGUAGUUCCAGAUCCAGGACCUCAAUGCCGCCAAGGCUCCGCCCACCUCCUCACAAUGGGGAUUCUAAACAUUGCUACAAACCUCGUUUUAAUUAUCUUUCCCAUCCCUAUGAUCCUGAAAUCGCGACUCCCGAUUAAAAGCCAAGCAUCCAUCAUCGGCCGCCUCGCGCUCCCAUUCCUCAGCAUAGGCUUCACAGCCUAUGCAAUGCCCGUCGUCAUCGACCGGCGCUUUGCCCAGCCCGCACGCUCGCUCCUCGCAUCCAUGGACAUUCUACUCGCGACAUUUAUCUCUAACGCCACUGUUCUCGUCUCAUUGCUCCAGGAUCGUGGAUACAAGAAGACGAAAUAUAAGCACGGUACUGAACGCGGCGGUUUCCACGUCAAGACCACUGUUAAAGGCGGGGUAGCAGAGGGGGUGGGCAGAGUUAGGCAUGAUAGGUGGGGUAGUGAUGAGGAUCUUAUGAGAAGCGAAAGUGAUGAUGGGGGGGGUUUAAGGAAGAAGGAGGAUGGGACAAUCGUUACUGUGGAGAGUAUUGGGAUGGGGGAUUUGAAAAGGGGUGGGAGUGUGGGGGGCGAGAGGAGUAUGGAGGGGAGCAAGAAUGGGGCGUUGCCUGGGGUGCCGGGGAAGGCGAAGUUGAAGGCGAUUCGGGUGGCAACGACGUGGAAUAUCAGAGUCGAAGAUGGUGAAGUUUAGAUUUGUUGGGGUAUUGUCUUAGAAAUGGAUUGCAAACUGCGCAUUGGGCAUGCUUGACUUCGCGGUCCUUUCUAGACGGAAUUGAGAUGAGUAGAUAGACAUUUGAUACCAACUAUUUCCUUCUCCU